AUGGCUCGCAUCAAUCCCUGGCUCACCUUCACUGAGUGGGGUGAUAUCUCGCAUGUCGAGGUGCUCGGUCAGCACAUAAUUGUGCUGAAUUCCGUGAAGACUGCGAUGGAAAUGCUGGACAAGAAGAGCUCUGUGUACUCUGAUCGUCCUGUAUUUCCUACGGGUGGCGAACUUUGUGGUUGGAAACACUCUGUCUCUUCUCCCUUACGGCGACCGUUGGCGCUGGUCCCGCAAGAACUUGCACCACGCUGUUGGCACUCGCGCCGCCCGGGUACUUGCGAACCCACACGAACUCUAGGCACAUAUUUGACAGUAUGGGUUAUUCAUUCUAAUAUUCGCUUGAUCCCAAAUCCUUAUAAAACCGUUGGCGCUAUCAUUCUGCGUAUAUCUCAUGGCUAUGAAGUGAAGGAAAACGAUGAUCCCUUCGUAGACCUUGCAUACCGCGCUCUGGACCAACUCUCGCAGUCCGUUGCUCCCAGUGCCUUCAUGGUCAACAGCAUGUCAUCAUUGGCCAAGGUCCCCGAGUGGUUCCCUGGUGCUGACUUCAAACGCACGACCUGUGAAUGGUGCGAGACUGUAGAAGAGAUAGCCGCUGCACCCUACAAAUUCGUCAAGGAGCAGAUGGCUGCUGGAAUUGCCCCGAACUCUUUCACCUCAAAUCUGUUGGAAUGUCGUACUUUAUCUGCGGAAGAUCACGUUGUGAAAUGGUCUGCUUUAUCUUUAUACGCCGGUGGGGCAGACACGACUAUUUCUUCAGUCUACUCACUUUUCUUGGCUAUGGCACUUUUCCCUGAUGCGCAGAAGAAGGCUCAGGCUGAAAUCGAUGCUGUAGGAAAGAUAGGGAAAGCUUCAAAUUGUCAACGUAAAGAGGCUCUCUCAGAUGAAGCAAAGCCUUAUCGAUCACGAAUGGUGGGCGAUACUGCUGCACAGAGACCCCUCACGCGAGGCAGCGCCAUUGACAUGGGAACGAGUGUUAGUGGGGCAUAA